UCCCAACACUAGGAGGCGGGGCUUAUUCUGACCAAUGAGAAUCGCGCGGGCAAGUUUCAAAACAAAAAUGGCGACAGAAAGAGCAGUCGCGACACUUGAAAGAACUGACCCUUCUCUACUGAGGACAUGCGAUUCCACCGAGGCUCAGGACGCAGGAGAGGGACAGGUUAUGACAGCUUAUUUCAUGGACUGCAGGCGGAAACAGAAGAUCAUGUGCCAGCAGUAUGGUGUGAUGGAUGAUAUGUUUAAGCUUCUUGCAGGUCUGGAGUCAGCAGAGCAGUUCCUGAAUGAACCCUGUCCACCUAAACCAGACGCUGAGGCCAGCACUCCCUGGAAGGCUUUGAAGGCAGAGUAUCUUGAGCAAGUCCAGGAAGUGGAAGGGCUGAUAGGCACGCUGGUGGAGCGCAUGGAAGAGCUACUCCAAAAACGGCAAAAGCUGGAGGCUCUGCUGGUAUCCCUGGAAAAAAAAAAAGAGGAGUACAAGGAACAGGAAAGAGUUGUACUACACUCGAAGCAGAGAGCUGAAAAACAGAUGCAUCUGCAAUUAGACGAUUCCCUGCAGAGAGCCCAAGAUGCCUUGCGUGCUUGUGACAGACAGCUUUCUGAACUUAAAAUCCAAGUAGACAAACAGUUAUCCCAGGUGGCUAAUUGGACAGCAUUUAGAGACAGGUUACAGGCCACACUGGAAGUCACGCAGGCUAAUAUGCAGUACAGGUUAUUGUCUGCGAGCCCCUCUGAGCUGCGUUUAGAGCUUCUGCCCCGCACCACCCAACAGUCCCUGCAGCCUCUGCAUCUGUCUGUUACCAUGACAACAGAGAACCGCUUCCACCUGCAGGUUUUUCAAGGCACUGCUGGCCUCUUGGAGGAGUCAGCGGAAGGGCAUGUAAGAGAGCUGAGUGCUGCACUGUUGGAAGUGAUGGAGUGCUACAUUAGUCAAGGAAAGAUGCUUGCUGAAAUCCAGGCUCUGCAUUCCAGGUUUGCAAUCGACUGGUGUCCAGCAAAGCGCCUGCUGACCUUUCUCAAGUCCGCCACCAUAGUAUGCCACCUGGAGCUGGAUGAGGGCUACCCAUCAAAUGGCCAUGCCAAACUGCUUGCUGUGCGCAAAGAUGGUAACCCUCUCGACCUCUCUGCCCUGCAGCCCCCUGUGAUGAAUCCUACUCUGACAGAUUGGCUUGAGUUUCUUUCCUCAUAUCCACUUCUCUAAGCACAGCCUGCAGCAUCAUGUUAGUCAGAUGGAAUUAACUCCCAGAGUGAAUCAGUACAAAAAACUUUACUAUUGCUUCAUUUCAACUGUAUUUGUAUGCUAAAAUAGUCUUGUUUCAACUGGUAAUGUAUAUACACUGAAAAAAAACAACCCUAAUGCUGUUAGCUGUUGUCAACCAGAACAGAUUUUGAGCAUCAACAUGUACAUCAAAUAUUGUCCUUUUUGUGUUUGUAUUGUUCAGUGUAUUCUCUCUUUACUAUCUUUUGUAGAAAUUUUUUGUUUGUUUGAUUAAAAGUCAUUGUGUGUAUUUUUUAUAUAUU